GCGGAGGACGGUGGGAAAGAGCAUCACGUCAUCGACAUAAUUGACGAAGGUGUUACAACGUCUGGAGCUGCUGCUCGUGCGAAACCACAACACGACCAAGAGAAGCACGACACGGACGACUUGAUGAAGAGCGAAGGCAAACGACGUGGUUGGAAAUCUUUGAAAAAAUCUAUCAAAAGGAAAAAACCUCCCUCCCCAUAUCAAAACGGAACUUCUGAUGCUGGAUUUGUGUACGCAAAUCAGCUUUGUAUUGCAGGAAGGCACUGCGGCCAGAUACCAAGGGUAGCUACGAGCGUAUGGGUCUAGUUGUUCAGCAUGGCAAACGGCUCCCCUUUAGGCCCAACAGCAUGACAAAGCGCCUCCAUAAUGGGGCGGAAGCUUCUACCCUUGUCUUCUUGCAAGACAAAUGUGAUUUGUGACCUCAAAUCAGCAACGCAAAGCUUUGGAAGCAUACCUUUUCAAUAUGGGGAGGGGGGAUUUUUCCUCACAAUAAAAUCCGGAACGGCGUUUUUCAACACGGUGCUGGCUAUGGUGAAGG